UUCCGUUCUUCACGUGGGAGAGUUUGGAUGCACCAGCAGAAGGGCUUGGUCAGUGUGUGGAGAGUGUAUCGCCGGUUUAUCUAUGAGCUUGUAGUAAGCUACCUGGGAAACAAAACGAUGCGGGCUGGGAAAUAGUACUUCACCGGCAAUGUUAACCUGAAACGUUUUUGUGCAUCACCACUACGGGAAAAUGUCCGAUGUCACCAAGACCAUCCAGAAAUGGCACGCAAGUUUCAGAAAAGGCACGGACUUUGAUUCGUGGGGACAGUUAGUGGAAGCAAUUGAUGAAUAUCAAAUACUUGCAAGGCAACUACAAAAAGAGGUUCAGUCCACAAAUUCGCAUGAUUUUUCAGAGGAGCAAAAGAGAACCAUUGGGAAAUUCGCAACAUGUCUCGAAUUGAGAAGUGCAUCUCUACAAAGCACGCAGUCCGAGGAAGAGUUUAAGUUGGAGGAUCUGAAGAAACUGGAACCAAUCAUAAAGAAUAUACUCACGUAUAACAAAGACUUUCCUUUUGAUGUUCAACCUGUGCCUUUAAGGAAAAUUCUUGCACCCGGAGAAGAGGAGAAUCUGGAGGUUGAGGAGGAGGAGGAAGACAAUGCCACAGGAGCCAGCUCACCCGAGGCCUACCUCUCCCGCGUGCCAGGUACUCUCCUGCCAAGGCUACCGUCGGAGCCAGGGAUGACACUACUCACUCUGAAGAUAGAGAAGAUUGGUCUGAAGGACGCAGGGCAGUGUAUAGACCCCUACAUGACCGUCAGUGUGAAAGACCUGAAUGGGGUUGAUUUGAAUCCAGUCCAAGACACACCGGUCGCUUCCCGAAAGGAAGACACAUACAUUCACUUCAACAUCGAUGUUGAGAUUCAGAAACACGUUGAAAAACUAACAAAAGGGGCAGCUAUUUUCUUUGAAUUCAAGCACUACAAACCUAAGAAAAGGUUCACCAGCACAAAGUGUUUUGGCUUCAUGGAGAUGGAUGAGAUCAAGCCUGGGCCCAUCGUGAUUGAGUUGUACAAGAAGCCAACUGACUUCAAGAGGAAGAAAUUGCACCUCUUGACCAAGAAACCACUCUACCUUCAUCUCCAUCAGACUUUGCACAAAGACUGAGUUCUACCACAGGAGCAUGUGGGACAACUAACAGCAUAUCAACACGCCCUUCCCCUCCCCUCUCCUCCACCUCUCUCAUAACAGGCACAUGGUUUAAGCUAAAUUGAACUACCGAAGAUGUCAUACCAGAUGACAAAACGGCCUAUGAUGAACAUUCCUUUCACACUCCCUGGUGUUGUUCAGCAAAAUGUCUCUCGAUCUCAGCAAUACAACAAACAUCCAUCUACUGAUCGUACGAGAGUCCAACACAGAAGCCCAUGAAGCUCUGCUUAGCGUUAAGAUGUUCGGUUAUCGUUGCCAGCGCAUGUCCUCAAUAGUCUUCCUUUAUGCGCCUGAAAUUUAGGGUAAACCCUGGCCAUGUCUUUGAAAUACCCACUCAUUCACUUGAAUAGGUCACUACGUGUGGGUGUGUUACAUUUUGUUUACUAUGUGUUGCACUCAAUGCAGCACUAUUUUGAAUUACAUAAAUUCCCAACCAACAUUGAAGGAUCACGAAUGGGGUAAAAAAAAAUGGUUAAGUAUUUUAAUAUAUCUGCAAUGAUAAAAUUAAGUUUAAUGUAUUCUCUACUUUCUUCGAGAUGGAUUUCAAAUGAAGAGCCAAGGCAUUAAAGGAAAAAAAAACAUGUGAUGCCAAUUUUCCAUUUAAGGGCUUACAUGGGUCUGCAUGAAACUAAACAAUGGGUAUACUUUUUUGUUUAACGAUUAAUGUGUUUAUCAGAUGAAGUGGUUAACGAUAACAUCUUUAAUCAUGGCUGUCCACAUUUGUGUUGUAUUACUUGACAUUUUGACUUUAGAUUUUAUUUUUGUAAUAUCUGAAAUUCAAGGCUAUUGGUUGACUCUGCUGAAGUGCAUCUGAUUGUGUGUGUGUGUGUGUGUGUGUGUGUGUGUGUGUG